AUGUCUACAGAUCUUAAAUUCAGACAAGAAUUGCUCGAAAUCAGAUUACCAACUAUAAAGAUCAACUCUUCACAAUCGUCUGAUGAUCAAAAUUGCCCAAAGCAAACCUCAAUCAAUGAUCAAGAUUGCCACACACCAAAGUCUCCACAACACAUGAUUCCCAAGAUCCUCAGCUGCCCACCAGCCCCGAAAAAACCGACCCGGGUGCCCUCAUGCAAGAGAAAAUUAUCCGAAUUGCAAUUCUUCGAAGUGGUUUCGAGAGAAGAGGUGGAAUCAUUCUUCAGAAUUGCUGAGGCCCAAAUCAAUGGCGCCACAAAGAAAAGAUGCUUCGUGUAA